GAAGCAAGAUCUCCUGUGCAGGCGCCGGAGACCGUCCACAGGGCCCUGUGGUCUGUGUGGUCCCAGCCAUGGCCAUGUGGUUUCCUGUCUGCAGAAACUGGAAGCUGAGGCGCGAGGACUCAAUGGGGCAUUUUUCGCAGCUCCCCAGACAGGACUACGAGGCCCUGAAGGAAAGGUGCCUGAGCGAUGGCAGUCUCUUUGAGGACAAGAGCUUCCCGGCCUCCCUGCGCUCCAUCGGCAGCGGUCCUCUGCUGCGGAAGCUGCCGAGCCGCCUGCAGUGGAAGCGGCCUCCGGAGCUGCACAGCAACCCUCUUUUCUAUUCUGCCAAGGCCAAACGGCUGGAUCUGUGCCAGGGAUUGGUAGGUGACUGCUGGUUCUUGGCGGCUUUGCAAGCUCUGAGUUUGCACCAGGACAUCCUGAGUCGCGUUGUUCCCCUGAAUCAGAGUUUCACGGAGCAGUAUGCUGGCAUCUUCCAAUUCUGGUUCUGGCACUUUGGAAAGUGGGUUCCGGUCGUGGUGGAUGACCGACUACCUGUGAAUGAAGCUGGCCAGCUGGUUUUUGUCUCUUCCACCUACAAGAACUUGUUCUGGGGAGCUCUUCUGGAAAAGGCCUAUGCUAAGCUCUCUGGCUCCUAUGAAGACCUGCAGCGUGGACAGGUGUCUGAAGCCCUUGUGGACUUCACCGGAGGGGUGACAAUGACCAUCAACCUGGCAGAAGCCCCUGACAACCUCUGGGAUGUCCUAACCCGAGCCGCCUGCAGCAGAACCCUGAUUGGCUGCCAGACCCACUGUGGGAAGCAGCGGGUGCUGGAGAAUGGGCUGGUGGACGGCCACGCCUAUACACUCACAGGCAUCUGGAAGGUGACCACCAGACAUGGACCUGAGUAUCUCGUGAAGCUGCGGAACCCCUGGGGGAAGAUAGAGUGGAGAGGAGACUGGAGUGACAGCUCGAGUAUGUGGGAUCUACUGAGCCCCAAGGAGAAGAUUAUCCUGCUGAGAAAAGAUGAUGACGGAGAAUUCUGGAUGUCACUGCGGGACUUUAAAGCACAUUUCAUGCUUCUGGUCAUCUGUAAACUGAGCCCAGGCCUGCUGACUCAGGAGGUGGGCCAAAAGUGGUCAUACACCCUGCUGGAGGGGAGAUGGAAGAAUGGGAGCACUGCUGGGGGCCGGAUGAAGUCGCCCCGAGACACAUUUUGGAAGAACCCGCAGUUCCUGCUGUCGGUCUGGAGGCCCCAGGAGGGCAGGAGGUCCCAGAUGCUCUGCAGCGUGCUGGUGUCCCUGCUCCAGAAGCCCAGACACCGGCACCGCAACCGGAAGCCUCACCUCGCCAUUGGCUUCUACCUCUUCAGGGUGAACCAGAGCUUUGAUGCCCAGAAGAAACUGCCCUCUGAGUUCUUCUGGAAAAAUGCUUCCCUGAGUCUCCCUGUGACGUUUCUCACAGAGAAGGAAGUGAGCCAGGAACUGUGGCUGGAGCCAGGGAUGUACGUGAUCGUGCCCUGCACAUCUGAGGCCCGGCAGGAGUCUGAGUUCGUCCUCAGAGUCUUCUCCAGGAAGCACAUCUUUCAUGAAAUUGGCAGCAAUUCCAGUGUCAUCUUCUCUAAGGAAAUUGUAGACCAAAGUGAAGGGAAGGAUGAAUUCUUCACCAAACUCUUUGAAAAGUAUCCAGAAAUAAAUGCGAUCCAACUGCAGAAUAUCCUGAACCAUAUGCCCUGGUCAGGUCUAGGAAGCAAACAGCCUUUCUUCAGCCUUGAGGCCUGUCAGGGUAUACUGGCUCUGCUGGAUCUUAACGCAUCCGGCACUGUGAGUAUCCAGGAAUUCAGGGACCUGUGGAAGCAGCUGAUGUUCUAUCAGGAGGUUUUCCACAAGCAAGACACUAACCGGUCAGGAUCCCUGAAUUGGGCCCAACUGAGGGCUGCCAUGAGGGAGGCAGGAAUCGUGCUCAGUGAUGAUGUCUGCCAACUGAUGCUUAUCCGCUACGGCCGCCCCGACCUCCAGAUGGACUUCGUCAACUUUGUCCACUUGAUGCUGCGUGUGGAGAACAUGGAGGAUGUCUUCCAAAACUUGACCCAAGAUGGCAAAGGGAUAUACCUCCAGAAGCCAGAGUGGCUAAUGAUGGCUCUGUACUGCUGAGAAGGCUGGAAGCUCACUGAUCCUCACUGAGGACUCUGCAUAUGGACCAAGAGUGGCCUUUAGCUGAGACCAACCCACAUUCAACCCACCUACAAUUCUUCAGGACCGUGUCUCCAGUCAUCACGUUCUCAUCUGGGAGAAUGGGCAGCAUACAAAAAGAGAAGUGAGGAAGUAAAGAUUGCCUUGGGGUUGUCAAGAGCAGCUCUUUUCCCCAGUGACCACAACCAUAAGCAGAGACAUGGCUUGAUUGACUCUGGGUUGGUGUGCUUACCUUUGUAUGAUACUGCCUCUAUGGGUGUCCAACUUAAAUGACCUUAGACAUGCUGUGUCAUCAUAUUUGGGGUAAGAGUCUAUCUAGGUUUCAAGAUCUGAAGAGGGAAUGAUAUGUUUAUAGACAUAUGUAAAUUGGCAUCUAUAAGCUGGUAGCAGCAUAGGCUAAGUUUUAACUGUCUGGGGGUGGAGUAGACCUAUAUUGCACUUUCAAGAGUACAGAAAAUAAUAGAACUGGCAAGGUUUGGGGGUGGGGAUGGGCUGGCUCUGGCCUUUGAGGUCACUGAGUGAUCUUCUGCUAACAGUAUCUCCAGAUAGUUGGAUUUGGUAUGUACGGGUAGAUUUGAAACACCCAGCUUCUUAAAGGGCUUCCUGCAUGUGAUGGGUGUCAGUCUGCUUACCUGACCUAGGGGCUAUCAGGUCUACUUCAAAGAAAAACAGCAAAUCCAUGCUACAUCAUAGAGUUAAUCAGUAAACAGUCAGUAUAUCUGUGUUUUUUUUUUUUUUAAACUACGUUCACACCUCAUUUUCAUGGGAUCCCUACCAACCCAGAACCCAGAUGGAAAACCAGAGCAUUGGCUAUUUUCCAAGGCCAUACAUUCUAUUUAUAAGUUAGCAACCUAGAGCCAUUCGUUAAAAUUCUAUUUAUUAUUCACUUACAAACUGUUCUAACCAACGUGACUGCCUGGUUUCCAGGCCCAUAGCAGACUAAAGGAGGAGGCUGAAAAGGGGGGGAUCAAAGGGUGUCUUUUGGCAGAACUAAAGGAAAUCUGACAGCCUGGUAGACGGGCAGCACAGGAGGAGGAGGGAGCGCUUUCAAAGCAUGGCGCAGGGAGUAGAAAAGCAUCUUAUUUAGAAAAACCUUUAUUUAUUCCAAAUGAUGAAAAAUAUCACAGUUUGUCAUAAAGUGCCAUCUAUACUACUACAUGAGGUAUUACUGAUUUUAUAAAUAGUAAUCCUGUAUUUAUAUUCUUUUAAAGAGUUUUAUGUCUAUUUAUUUAUCAAUAUUUCUAUCUUUAGAUUCUGCCAUUGUAAAUAUUUGGUUUAAUUAAAUUUUUAUUGCUUUGC